AUGUCUGGCACUGAUGACAAUCAUGCCGCCCCUGCUGCCACAGGUCCCAGCAACACCCCGGGCCUCACGCUCAUGACGCCGGCGAUGAAGCGCAGCGCCCGCAAGGUCGACCCCACCAACCCCUCCGACGCGGCCCUCAUCGCCGCCGCCACUAAAGCCGGCGCUGAGAUCUACGACUCCGACGCCGAGGACCUCCCCGGCCUCGUCAACGGCACCAACAAGCCGCAACUCUUCCGCAACGUCUCCUGGGGCCCCGCCGCCACCGACUACUCCGACGACUUCCCGAUCCAUCCCGAGUUCAGCCAAUUCGUCCCCGGCCGCUGGGAGCGCAUGCCCGACGGCACCGUCGUCGACCAGAAGAGCAAGCUGAUCGUCAAGUUCACCGACAAGAAGGGCAACAAGCGCAUCUUCGCCAACCCGCCGCCCAAGGACUGGAACAACCAGGAGGCCAUCACCGCGCUCAACAAGCGCACCGUGCAGCAGGUGCGCCGCAACACCGACGUGCGCUUCCGCGAGGUCGUCAGCGCCUAUGUCGCCCCCGAGCGCCGCUGGAUCCUGGCCAAUCUCACGGAUGGCAAGCCCGCCGCGGGAUGGAAGCGCUUCGUUGAGCAGUUCAAUAACAAGUUCGCUGGGAGGUUGCUUCCGGGACAGGAUAAGGUGCGCCCGGUGCGUACGCAUUCGAGCUUGACCAAGGAGGUUGAGCGCUUUGGACCCGAGUUCUACUCCAAGGGCCAGAUUCCCCCUUCCCGCUCCUGA